CUGCCAGCUGACUGGUAUACGGGACCUUUAAUGCAGCUGCAGCUCUUCAUUCAGAUGCUGAGCGGAGCAGCGGAUCGCCAGAGGAGGGACGUUUCUUUAGGGAAACCAGAGCCCAGCUCUUUUAUAAUCGCGUUCCCGAAACCCACGUUGAUGUAGGCUGCCGGAUUUUCCCAUUACGUGUAGCAUUUAGGUGGGGUUGUGCCGUCCGUCAUGCAACUGAGCGAACUGCUGCAAUAAAAGCGUCCUGGACGAUCGGAGCUCAGCAUCAGCAUCACAUUGUAUGAAAUGCGUCACCGUGAUCCAGUGUUACCAUUUAUCGACUCUCCGCUCACGGACUGUUCCCCGUACUGAUCAUUUCGCCAGGUAACCACAUGCGCGGGCCGGUGUCGCCGCGCUGAGCUCGGAGAGCACGAAGGGUACUGGUGUCAGAGAGACAAGAGUGGCCGGUGAAGGUGGACCGGAUGCCAGCCAGAACCGCUGAGGCCUCCGGACUGUCGGUGCCCCCGCACCGCUGUCACGGGUCUCACGCGGCCAACAACGGCACCUGUGCGGAGCAGCUCAGCCUUUUCCCGCCGUUCUCCUCCACCCUUGCCCUCCUCGUGCUGGUGGCGGUGCUCGUGGGAAUCGUCCUCGUUUCCCUGGCGACUUUCCACUUCCACAAGAGGAAGCUCCGGAACCGGAAGAUCCAGCGCGCGCAGGAGGAAUACGAGCGCGAUAGUCGCAACCGCGCGCGCGGCGGAGCGACCGGGGAGCCCGCGAGGCCGUGCGUCAUUGUCCGGCCCGCGCGAUGCGAGGUGAAGCUCUCGUGCCAGAGCACGGAGAACGGGGAUGUCCCCGGAGCGGAGGAGGACAAACGGGCGCUGCAGGAGACGGUUCCUCUUGACUGUUAACUCGGUGCAACUUCAGGGAACGAGACUGUGGAAUAAACAGGAAAAGCAAUAAGGCACAAAGAACUCCCACUCCCAUCUCUGCUGCUUGUAGAUGAAUUAGAAAACGUAGGAAAAAAAUGCAGAAUACUGAGCAGAACAUUAGGCGUAGAGGUAACAUUAGCGGCACAUAGGUUAGCUGUGUAUUUAGCCAACUCCUUAUGGGACUGUAUAAAGUAUUUGCCUGCUUUGACUUUUGGACCUCUUCCUCUUCCCGAGCCUAAAACGCUGUUUAAACAUCCAAGAUGUUUAAACAUUAAAUCCUCCCCGGGAUGUGACACACCGUUAUGUUCAAUUAUUGAUAGCUGGUGACACAACACAGUCCUUAAUGCUCUGAUCUUCCUUGGCAUGUCCUCUGACACACUACCAGUAUGUAGUUAGACUAUAGUGGAUGUUGUGGUGCUGUUAGGCAGCGCAAAGCUGCACAUAUGCUAUACAAAUGGCUUAUUUGUUUGCGUAGUAUUUUUUCCUUCAAUUAAGUGACUUAGCAUAUUUGCAUUACGUACUGUCCUCCAAUGUCUAUUAGACAUUUGUAGGUAGCUCUAGUUAGAAUAACAGGAUACCGAGACUUUUUGCUGUAGUUAUGCACAUUUCUUCUUUAAUGUGUCAGAUAGUCGGUUUUAGCACUAAUAUAGCCUUUUCAACUUUGAGUAUUUGUAUUGUAUUCUCUGACAUGUGAUUUGAACAGAAAGCUUCAGUUCAACCCGCUUUUCCUUUUUUGUUCCUUCCUAUCGUAUCAUAGUGGACCUAAUAAUAGAAAUUCAGUGUCAGUAACUACAUGGAUUCACUGUAAAUGUAUGCCAUCAUGAGAGCUGGAAUGUUUUACAGUAACAUCGACAUUAUGGAGUUCAUAUAAUCUGCCUUAUCAAAGAAAAUAUGUAAUAUUCAAAGUUUAUAAAUAAAUACAUUAUGUUAAUCCUU